UUUAGUUGUCUGGCGUCACUUGCAUAUAUGCCCACCGCAACUUUAUUUGAUGUCUGAUAGAUACUUCCAUUGAAGAAUUGAAGCUAGCAAGCUUGUAACUAAUUAAAGGUAAGGAAAUGGGAGAUGGUGAGGAGCAGAAGAAGCACAAGUACGGCGGCGCAGGCAGAGCCCUGUGCGCUUUCCUCCUUAUUUUCUUGAUUUUAGCUGCCAUCACUCUCCUCAUCCUAUGGCUGAUUUACCGCCCCACCAAGCCCAACUUCACGCUGGUAAGCUUCGCCAUCUACCAGCUCAACCUCACGUCUCCGCCUCUCCUGUCCGCCACCAUGCAGUUCACGCUCCUCACCAGGAACUCCCACCCCCGCCUCUCCUACCACUACGAUCAUCUCUCGGCUUUUGUUUCGUACAAGAACGAGGCGAUCACACCGCCGGUGAGCCUGCCCCUGCUGUCUCACGGGGCGAAGAGCACGGUGGCGAUCUCUGUGCUGGAUAGAGGGCCGGUGCCCGUGUCGGUGUCGGUGAUGAACGGAUUGGCGAUGGAUGAGGCGUAUGGGAUGGUGGGGUUGAGGGUGGUGUUGAAGGGGAAGUUGAGAUACAAGGGUGGAGCCAUAAAGAGCCGACGCUAUGGCGUGUGUGUCGAGUGUGACGUGCUGGUUGGGUUUAACAAACAAUUUGGUGCUGCUCAACUCUCUCUGCUUCCUUCUUCUUCUCCGCAAUGCAACACCCACGUGUGAACUCAACUCAACUCAACUCAUAUAAUAAUAAUAAUAAUAAUAAUUAAUUUCUAAUUUUGAUCGCACAAGUUAUGCAAAAGUUGCAAUUUGUAUAUAUAUAUGUACGUAUGUUUAAAGAGUUUUACUACAUGGAUUCCUAUUUUUUACUU